CAGCGGCCCGCGCCCGCGCCCUUGUCCGGCCGACCCCGCGGCGGGCUCCAGGCGGCCGGCAGCAUGAGCGGCGGCGGCGACGUGGUGUGCACGGGCUGGCUGAGGAAAUCGCCCCCCGAGAAGAAGUUGAGGCGCUACGCCUGGAAGAAACGCUGGUUUAUCCUGCGGAGUGGCCGGAUGAGUGGUGACCCGGAUGUUCUGGAAUACUACAAGAAUGAUCACUCCAAGAAGCCCUUGAGGAUCAUCAACCUGAACUUCUGUGAGCAGGUGGAUGCAGGCCUAACCUUCAACAAGAAGGAGCUGCAGGAUAGUUUUGUAUUUGACAUCAAGACCAGUGAGCGCACCUUUUAUCUGGUGGCUGAGACAGAGGAGGACAUGAAUAAGUGGGUCCAGAGCAUCUGCCAGAUCUGUGGCUUCAAUCAGGCUGAGGAGAGCACAGACUCCCUGAGAAACCUCUCCUCAGCCAGUCACGGCCCCCGCUCCUCUCCAGCAGAGCUCAGCAGCUCCAGUCAGCACCUUCUCCGGGAACGGAAGUCCUCAGCCCCAUCACACUCCAGCCACCCAACCUUGUUCACCUUUGAACCCCCAGUGUCGAACCACAUGCAGCCCGCCUUGUCCACCAGUGCGCCUCAGGAGUAUCUCUACUUGCACCAAUGCAUAAGCCGGAGAGCGGAGAACGCAAGGAGUGCCAGCUUCUCUCAGGGCACCAGGGCCUCCUUUCUCAUGAGGAGUGACACAGCUGUACAGAAACUUGCCCAGGGCAACGGACACUGCGUCAACGGGGUCAGUGGUCAAGUCCAUGGCUUCUAUAGCCUCCCCAAGCCAAGCCGGCACAAUACGGAAUUCAGAGACAGUACCUACGACCUGCCCCGGAGCCUGGCCUCCCACGGCCACACCAAGGGCAGCCUCACUGGCUCUGAGACAGAUAACGAGGAUGUAUACACCUUCAAGACACCCAGCAACACCCUGUGUCGGGAGUUCGGGGACCUCCUGGUGGACAAUAUGGAAGUGCCAGCCACCCCGCUCUCAGCCUACCAGAUCCCUAGGACAUUCACGCUGGACAAGAACCACAAUGCCAUGGCGGUGGCCACUCCUGGGGAAUCGGCCAUAGCUCCCCCGCCCCGGCCUCCCAAGCCAAGUCAGGCAGAAACUCCUCGGUGGGGCAGCCCUCAACAGAGACCUCCAAUCAGCGAAAGCAGCAGAUCUGUCUCUGCCGCGGCCACCAUCCCCAGGCGCAACACCCUCCCAGCCAUGGACAACAGCCGACUGCACCGAGCUUCUUCCUGUGAGUCCUAUGAGUACCCCCAGCGUGGUGGAGACAGUGCCGGCCGGUCUGCCGAGUCCAUGAGUGAUGCGGUCAGUGCUUUCCUGCCAGGGAAAACAGUUGUGGGCCGCUCAGAGAGCUCCAAUUCUGAGGACAACUACGUGCCCAUGAAUCCGGGGUCCUCCAACCUAAUGGCCACGGAGCGGGCAGGUGACAAUUCCCAGAGUGUCUACAUCCCCAUGAGUCCAGGACCCCAUCACUUUGAGGGACUUAGCUACCCCUCCACAGCCCUUUCUAUGCACCGGGGCUCCAGCCGAGGGAGCGAGAUCCAGCCACCCCCUGUCAACCGCAACCUCAAGCCUGACCGGAAAGUAAAGCCAACACCACUUGACCUGAGAAACAACACUGUCAUCGAUGAGCUCCCCUUCAAGUCACCUGUUACCAAGUCUUGGUCUAGGGCCAUCCACACCUUCAACUGCAGCCCCUCCCAGUACUGCCGCCCCAUCUCCACCCAGAGCAUCACCAGCACGGACUCCGGAGACAGCGAAGAGAACUACGUCCCUAUGCAAAAUCCAGUGUCUGCGUCUCCCAUUCCCAGUGGCACCAACAGUCCAGCCCCGAAGAAGAGCACGGGCAGUGUUGAUUACCUGGCCCUAGAUUUCCAGCCGAGCUCCCCCAGCCCCCACCGCAAGCCAUCCACGUCAUCUGUCACUUCCGAUGAGAAGGUGGACUACGUUCAGGUGGACAAGGAGAAAACGCAGGCCCUGCAGAACACCAUGCAGGAGUGGACAGAUGUGCGGCAGUCCUCGGAACCUUCCAAGGGCGCUAAGCUGUGACUCAGUGGCCCCUGAGCCUGGGGAGGGGCCCGGAGGCAGCAUCUCCAAAGCUGGCUCCUCCCAUCUACCCGCCCCCUUCUCCCCUCCCGUUGCGCCCUCUACUCUGCCACUCUGGCCUUCAAAGCACUUGAUGUCAGGGACCCUGAACCCUUCUCCUGAGAGGUGAGGGCCUGAUUGAGGCACUCCCUCUGCCCACUCGGGCCCACCUUUGAUUUUUAUCAGUAAUGGCCAUGCCUCUACCCACCUUAGUUAGAGCUAUUGCCAAAAAGCAUCCUUCAGCCUCUUCCUGUCCUUUAGACCAGAAUACCUACUAGGCGUGGAGAGGGGCUGGGGUUCUGAGCCAGAUUCCACACCUCACAUCCCGUCACGGCCCCCGAGCCCUCUUCCCUCCAGCUACUGGGCUACCUCUCCUUCAAUCCCAGAAGAUGCCACGUCGUCUCGCUGACCCAGGGAGCCCAGGACCAGCAGACCAAAGUGGACAUGGACUUAUUCCUCCUUGGCAUUCUUGGUAGGGGAGAGGCAAGGCCUGGAAGAUGGGAGUUGAGGUUAGCGAUGGUCUUGAGGGACACAGGAAAGAGGUCCCAGGUGCACAAGGCGGGCGAUCUGGGCAGUGCUCCCCCCUCCCAUCACAGUGUAGCUGUUGGAGGUUGAAAGAAGCAGGAGGGGGAUGGGUACCCACAAACCAGGAGCAGGGGGUGACCAGGGCCCCCAGAACUAUGGAGCAUACAGGCCCUCCUCCAGGGCGCACCCCGCCAGAGGCGGCUGGGCUAGGUGAUGUAGGUGCAGUCGGGAGGUGGGUGCCGAGGGCAGGCAGUGCACGUGGACUGGAGGGUUGUAGGGCUGUGGUGCGGAGGGUGCAGGGUGCGGGAAGUGCGUGUCUGCGAGACAGGCAGUUGGGGGGCAGGCAGAUAAUCGAUGGGCAGGAGGCAGGAUAGAGACCAUGGAGGCAGCCUGGCGGCGCCUGGGGCUGCAGGCCGGAGGCUGGAGCGGAAAGUGAAGGAGCUGUGAGCGUGAGGGAUGGCGGGGAAAGCAGUGCGGCCAAGUGGAAUUGGGGGAGGGCCAGGGCUUCUGCCAGGAAGAGUGUGCUCCCAGGAGCCCGCCGUGUUUUCCCAGCUCAUCUUACGUCUGCUGCUCCCUGGUUGGACUCAGAUCUGGGGCAGGGUCAUCACCUCAGCUGCGCCCUCCCCCACCAGGCACUUUGUACUGGGGGGGGGGGGGGGUAGCCGAAUCUCUUAUGUUGAUGGUUUUUGCCCAAAUCCUCCAGGGUUGCAGAGGUUUCAUCCAACCCUGGGGUGAACAGACCACCUCCCUUCAACCAAAAAAACCCUUCCCAGCACGUCUGAGGGAGGGGACUACAGGCUCCCUUGGGCUCCUCAGAGCACACACCUGGCCAUGUCAUCUCCGAAGCCGCACUCUGGCAGAGACGAUUUUCUCGCCAGUAGCCCUCUCUCAAUCAGUUGAGCUCAACUCAGCGAGCAUUUAUUAAUGGCUGCCGGGGCCCCGUUCUGGGAACACGGAAAUUAAUUAGUAAUUAAUCCGUGUGCCCGUGCACUUGAGAAGGUAGGGGCAUGGGAUGUUGGUGAUGGCUGAGAGAGACCGGAAGUGAGGCUGCUUAGGAAGUUGGUGCAGAUCAGGGGAAGGUGGGGUCUGGGGAAAGGAGAUGCUGAGAUGGGCCUUAGAAGCAGGAAGAUGGAGUAGUUUUCCAGGGAAGGAGAGCGGGCUGGGGUCCAGUGGAGGAAGGACUGGGGCUGAGGGCAGUGGUCGACACCUUGUCCCUUUAAGGCCCUCUUGGAAGGGUCUCUGGGGCCAAGCUUUGGUGCCACCCCCAGCCCCAGUACACCCCGAGAGUAUCUGCACUUCCUGAACGUUCCACAAGGUGAAUGAAACUGGUUAGUCUUUAGAAAGUGUGUUCAAAUCUAAUGUCCAAGGAGGCCUCAUUCCAGCUUUUGAUUCCUGCAGCUCCCAAGCACUUAGGGUGGAGGUGGAAGGAGGUGUGAGGAAACUGGCCUAUUAGAGGUAGAGACAGGCUCACAGGCUUCAAACUACUCGGUGGUCAGGUCAGUUUUAAAAACUGAUCAAGGUCCCCCCCCCCCCCCCCCCCCCGCCGGUGGCCUGGCAGGGGCAGAAACCCCAGACCAGGGCUGCCUUCCCAGCCGACGUGGCUCCUGUGAGGACUCACGGUGCCUGGGCCCGCAGGAGCCAACACCUGUGAAAGGGGGGUUCGGCAGGCUCUGCAACCUUGGCCUCCGUGCGGAGGCUGAGCUGGUGGGCGGGAGAAGUCCCUCUCUCCUGAGGGUCUGGCUCACCAGGGAUGGGCAGCACCCAGAGCAUUAGUUAACCCAGUCCCCUCCCCGAGCCUGACUUUUUGAAACUCUUCAAGAAGCACAACCCUUCCCAUUCUGGAGUGAGUGGAACAAGGGCUGGCCCCAAGCCCUGGCUGGUUCCCCCCACCCCCCACAUCCCAUUGACAAGAGCUCUGGAUGCAGACAGGGCAGAGGCAAGUUAGCACUUCGUCUGCAACCUGUGGGGGGGGCCCGGGCACCUGAGCCCUGAAGCUCCCUCCUCCUCGGGGCCGGGGCCGACAUUGUGGGACUUUCCAAGGUCUCUGCCUGCCCGCUGGGGGGCCCCCCUGAGAGGCUGUCAUGUGAUAGUUGGUGGUGUGUAUUCUUGUGUGUUGGUUAUACAUGUCUUGAAAUCUAGCAUCCUUUCGCACAGAAUUGUCUAUGUGUCGGGGAGAAAAUGGGCCAGCAGCCCAGUCUUAGGUUCUCGCCCUGUGAUACCAUUUAAAAUUGACAUUUAAUUUUUCAAAUCACUGUUGGUGCCUAAUCACUUAAGUUAUUAAUUUAUUCUGUUUUCUUUAAAAAAAAAAUUUGUAACAUGUAUUUAUCCUGUGAGUAGGUCUGGGGUAGGGGUGGGAACGUGUUGCAGUGGGUCCUGUUUUUGCUGUGGUGACACAUGGUACAGGCCUGGAGCUUGCAGGUCCCUUUUUACUGUGGUGUCGGAGCGGGACAACAAUAAAGUCCAUUAGAAGUGACCAGA